AUGAUUGAAUCUCAUUCACAAUCGUUGACUAAUGGCGAUAUGAAAGCAGCAACAACAGGACAAAUUGAUACAUCAAGUAAACAAUUACUUAAACAUCUUCCAUCACGAUUUAAUCUAUCAAGUGGUAAAUACACAUUAUGUGUUAAAUGUUUUAAUUCAAUUGAAAGUGAAUCAAUAUUUGUCGGUGAUGAUCCAACUCAAGCAUUAGUUGAAAUACCAAAAAAAUUAUUUCUAUUGGCUAAAAAUGAUAUACAAGAACCUGAAAUAAUGAUUGAUUGUAUUAUUUGUACACGUCGUUGGCAUCAAAUAUGUGCAUUACGUUUAGAUCAAAUAUGGCCUGAAGGUUUUAUAUGUAAUACAUGUAUACGUGAAUAUAAUAUAAAGCGUAAAGAAAAUCGUUAUAUAGCACAACAAUUAACAGUAACUGAUUUAUCAUCACGAUUAGAAGAACGUGUUAAUAAAUUUCUAUUUGAUAAAGAUUGUCAUGAGGGUCGCGUUACAAUUCGUGUAUUAGCUUCUUGUGAUAAAAUAUGUAAAGUAAAAUCUCAAUUAAAAAUUUUUUAUCGAAAUCAAGUAGUAGAUGGCUAUCCAUAUCGUAAAAAAGCUAUAUUUGCUUUUCAAGAAAUCGAAGGUGUUGAUAUUGUUUUCUUUGGUAUCUAUGUACAAGAAUAUGAUGAACGUUGUCCAGCACCAAAUACACAUCGUGUUUAUAUAUCGUAUCUGGAUACAGUCCAUUUUUUUCGACCAAAACUUUAUCGUCAAGAUGUUUAUCAUGAAAUUUUAAUUGGUUAUUUGGAUUAUGCUAAACAACAUGGAUAUAUGUAUGCUCAUUUAUGGGCUUGUCCAACACGUGAAGAUUUUGAUUAUAUAUUUCAUUGUCAUCCACCUGAACAACGUUUACCAAAGCUAAAGCAUCUACGCGACUGGUGUAGAAAGAUGCUUGAUAGAGCAAUUGCAGAACAUAUUGCUAUUGAUUAUAAGAAUAUUAUGCAAGAUUGCUUGGAUAAUCAAGUAUAUACAGUUCUUGACAUUCCAUAUUUUGAUGAUGAUUUGUGGCCGAUUAUUAUUGAAGAUAGUAUUGAAAAACUUAAUCAAGAAGAUCCAACAGAAAUUUCUGGUAAACGUAAAUCUGCAAAUACAUAUGAAAAGAAACUUUUGAAGAAAAUGGCAAAUCAAAUGUCAAAUUGUACUGAUUUAUUAUCUAUAAUAUUUUCAACUAUGGAAAAACGCAAAGAAUUUGAUAUUCGUUAUUAUUGUACAGUAUGUGACGAUUUUGAUCUAUGUAAAAAAUGUUAUAAUGUUGAACCAAAAUAUGAACAUAAAAUGGAAUGUUCAGUAUUAUUAACGGUUGAUAUGAGCCAAGAUAAUGAACAAAAUUUAUUAAAUAGUAAUGAUAAAUCAAUUGCAAGUACACUUUUAUAA